AUCUGGAAUUUCCUUCUGCCACUCCUGCUGUAAAAAUCAUUUCAAGCUGCCUGGCAGCCAGAGUAACUCUGAUUCGUUUCCGCUCUGUGCGACUCCCAAGCUGUGGGGCUCUGGGCUGCUGCUGCUGCUGCAACAAUAGGAUCCCAAGUCCCAAGCUCAGAUCCAGCAGCUCUGCUCCAGGGGGAGGAGGGUACCGACAUCCUGUUCGGAUACAGUACAAGGCCAUCUCCUGGGACAGUGGGAGAAGUUAGUGGGCAAGCCUUGCUUGCUUGGGGGGAGCCUGCGCUUCUACUUGUCAGACCUCGUGGAUGGGAAAGUAGCGGAGCGACUUGUGUGUGCGCUUUAUCCUGUGCUGCGAUGCGCCGGGGCUCACUCCUGCCUGCUGCCUCUCAAAGGGGAGUCUGAAAGUUUUCGCAGCAGCAGCAGCGACUUCUAUCAGAUCUGGGGAGGGGGGUGCGCGUCUGUCUGGGAUGCAUAUUGUGCAAUCGGCGGCUCUGGAUCGGAUGGGGAUGAGGGGAAUGGGAGAGCGGGCCGACAUGCUGCGGGGAUGCGCCGCCAAAUGGACUGGAUUGCUCCAUCCCUAUAGGAAAAUGACACGGAGGGUCCACAUCUGCUUUGUGGUACUUUUCGUACUUUGUGUCAGCUAUGGAAGUGCUCAGGAACUCAAUCCUAGAGGAAGGAAUGUAUGCAAGGCACAAGGCUCAACGGGGUUUGUGUGCUGCCAAGGAUGGAAACAACAAGGUGAAGAAUGUUUAAUAGCAAUAUGUGAGGGCAACUUUACAUGUAAGGAGAAUGAAGUCUGCGUAAGGCCCAAUGAAUGCCGUUGCCGCCAUGGAUAUUUUGGUGCAAACUGCGAAACAAAAUGUCCUAGGCAGUUUUGGGGUCCAGACUGUAAAGAAAAAUGUUCCUGUUAUCCCAAUGGCCAUUGUGAUGAUGUUGUUGGGCAAUGUACAUGCAAUUUAAAUCGCUGGGGGCCCAACUGUGAGACCCCCUGUCUGUGCAAACAUGGAAGAUGUGACCAAGAGACCGGGAAGUGCACCUGUGAGCCCAGUUGGUGGGGUCCUCAGUGUUCAAGUGCUUGCUACUGCAGUACCAACUCACAGUGUGACCAGGCAACUGGAAGGUGUAUCUGCCAACCUGGAUGGUGGGCCCGCAGCUGUAAUAACCAGUGUUCUUGUAACAAUUCUCCAUGUGAACAACUAACUGGGCGUUGCCAAUGCCGGGAGCGAUUGUGGGGCCCACGUUGUGAAAGAGUUUGCCAGUGUGCCAAAGGCAAAUGCAACCAAGCUGAUGGAACUUGCACAUGUGACCCAGGUUAUAGGGGGAAAUUUUGUCGUGAGCCUUGCCCUGCAGGACUUUAUGGACAAGGCUGCAGGAAAAGAUGUGGUCAAUGCAAAGGACAGCAGCCUUGUACUAUUGCUGACGGAAGAUGCAUUGCAUGUGAAGCUGGCUGGAAUGGAACUAAAUGUGACCAAGUCUGCUCCGAAGGCUUCUAUGGCGAGGCUUGUGAGAAAGUGUGCCCACCGUGCAAAGAUGGGCACACUUGCAACCACAUUAAUGGAAAAUGUUCCCACUGCAAUCCUGGCUGGAUCGGUGAUCGAUGUGAAACAAAAUGCCGCAAUGGAACGUAUGGAGAGGAGUGUGCCUUUGUCUGUAGUGACUGCUUCAAUGGGGAGUGUCAUUUUGAGACUGGGAAAUGUCUCUGCAGUGCAGGCUCUUAUGGGCCAUACUGCAACAUGACGUGUCCACCAGGGCAAUUCGGUGUUAAUUGUGACCAAUAUUGUAACUGCCAUGAUGAUAAAUGCGACCCAGUUACUGGAGCCUGUCACAUGGAAGCCAAUCAACGCAUGGGAGUUAUUGGAGCUGGAAUACUGGUGACUUUUCUGCUAAUUCUUCUCCUGUUGUUGUUGUGUUGCUGCUGUGUCUGCCGCAAAAAAGAGGCAUCUACCGAUGGUAAUCAAGUUCACGUGACAAGUAAGAAAAAACAGCGCCGAUUUUGUGGUCGGUUUAGCAGAAUCAGCAUGAAACUGCCUCGCAUUCCAUUACGAAGACAAAAACUGCCAAAAGUUGUGGUAGCCCACCAUGAUGCUGAGAACACAUUUAACUGCAGCUUCAUUGAACCUCCAUCUGUUGUAGAGCAACCAUCACCUUCAUGGUCUUCAAGGGGCUCCUUUUCCUCCUUUGAUACAAAUGAUGAUGGGCCUGUUUAUUGUGUGCCUCAUGAAGAAUCUGUGACUGAUUGUAAAGAAAAGGGAAAUUCCAGUGUUACUGAGAAGAUACCCACUGAAAUUAAUGAGGAAGAAGCUGGAGAAUAUACUUAUUUAAAGGAAUCUGGAUCCCCUAAAUCUUUCCAGGCUGACAGCAGUGAAAUGCCGCUGCUCAAAUCAUCAGAUAGUGAAAGAUCUUCAUGUGGUUCUGGAUCUACCGGAGGGCCUUUGUAUGCCAGAGUUGCACGAUUAUCAAAGCAGUCUAAAGAUGAAGAGGAUAUAUCAAUGGAAAAUAAGAGUUUAACUAUUAGUGGUAAGCCUCCAUCGCCUGAGAGAACAAAACCACCUCCUCCUGAUCCAUCUACAAAACCCAAGGUUUCCUGGAUUCAUGGAAAAUAUAAUGCUAAUCAGUCUAAUUCAUUGCCGGUCUUUAACAAGUCUCCCGAUAAAGCAGUAAACCAGAGUGACCAAACAGAGCAGAAUUCAGCUCAUAAAGAUAAUCAGAGGAAGAGAACGCCAAGUGAUACAGGUCAAAGCAAAAAUGAAGAAAAAGUUGUUAUGAGAAAUAAGGACAAAAGUCAAAAGACCAUAAGCAACACAGAAACAAGACCAUCAGAAGAACCCCAGUCUCCGUCCAAAACUAAACAUAAAAAUAAAAGGAGUCUUGAUCCUAUUGAAAAUAUCAAUGGGACUGUUCAAAAUGCCCUUAAAAAGAUUGGGAACCUACAUAGUGACAAAAAGACUACUGAAGUUAAAGAGGCUCCAAAAACUCCUGAUCAUAGCAAAUCUCGUUCUGAGGUACUCCAUCCUCAUUUUCCCUCUGAAGCAGCUUCACUAUUGGCUGCUCAGUUAAAAGAAAAAACUCAAAGUCUCAACAGGGUUGAGACCAGCUCAAAUCAUAAUGGAAUUGGGCCAAUUAAAUCACAAAAAGAGAAACCUACGCCUCCACAGAAGGCCAAACGGUCUGUGGCUGCUAUCAACCAGAAGUCCAGCAAGCCAAAUCUGCCAACUACAACAAAUCUUCAAAAAAUGAUAAGUCCAGUUUCAGAAACUAUUCCCAAUACAGCACAGCCUGUUGAGAAACAAAACUCUAACAGUAGUCAGGAACAAACUGCAAGUGUAAAGCAGGAGACAGGCGAACCAGCAGUUAAAAAACAACCUAUAAAGAAGCCUCCGAGAAAGAAAUGCAAAGAUGCCACCUUGGACUCUGAUGGAAAAACGCAGCCCAAAAUGGCUAUAAUGCCACCACAGCCAGUAAAGUAAUAAAGGCAAAUUUGCACAUAAUGUUCACUCCCAAAGGGCAUUAAGAAAGAUUCUGACAAUCUCUGCAAUAUACUUUAAAGUAUUUUGCUAUAGCCACUUCUUGAGCCAAAAAGAAAUUGCCCUUCUGACAUCCCAUGACUGUAAGACAAGGGAAAUUGAUUUGUGGUGAAUAAUUCAAAGUUCCUUCAGACUGAAGGGGGAACUGUUGUGUACUUGACAUACCUCUCCAGUAAAUCCUUUUUAACUUCCUAUAGCUGUGGUUUCAGUCUUCAUUCCAUUUGUGAGGAGAUCUUAAAUAUGAUCUAAAAUAAGGACACAUUGGAAUUCCAGAAUGUAGUUGAGAAUGCUGACCAAGCCCUGUAUAGGGAGGAGGACAAAAGUUUGUUUGGUAAAACUGUUCAAACGCUGAGACAACAGAGAAACCAUCAUUUCUCAGUGCUGCAUUGACAUAAACCUUUGACUAAUCUAUAUCUGUAACAGCUGUAUUUUUUGGAAAACCUAAGACAAAUACUUGGGCAAAUCAUAAACAAAUCCAGAAUUUACAGCUUGUUAAUGGAAACAAGAUACUAAAUUAUUUUUUUUUCCAAUUUACUGUUCGAAUCUUAUAUUUACUAAGAAGUAGAAAUUUGAGAGAACCUUGGGAAGGAUUAUUUUGGGAUUGAAAGAUUGUACACAAAAAGUACAGACUGUUUUACAAAUUUUACAACAAAAAAUGAAAGCAAUGAUAAAAUGUAAAAUACUCACUUGUAACUGUAUCCUAAAGCCCAUAAGCAGUGCUUAUUUUAAUAUAAAACGUGUUUUUUUCCUAUUAAUCUGUUCUAGUUAUGCAUUGACUGAUAAGCUAGCUUUUUAAAAUAUACAUUAUUAUUACUUUUUUUUGUUAGUCUGCAUGGGGUAUGGCAUUUUGUUUGUAAAAUUAACCAGGAUGUCAAAUGCAUCAACUUGUAUUUACAAAAUGGACAUUGAAAAUUAGAAUAUGAAUAGGCUCUUGAUAGGGUCAUUAUUUGAUCCAUCUGUCUGUAUCCUCAGUGAUUCCUUAGCUCUGUGGUGUGUAUCAAAUUGGUUACAGCUUCAAAGUAUCAGUACUAUGCUGCAGAGAUAUUCCCACUUAAAUAGGACAUAUUCCACCAUUAGUAAUGGGUAUGAUAGGAAAUUAUUGCAGUUGGGAUCUACAUAAUGAUCCCUCUAACAAAACUCUGCAGGUCUGUUGGUACAUCUCUAUCCUCAUUGUUAUGCUCUAAUGACCAUUUUUAUGUGUUGGAAAUAAACAAUUCAGCUGUUAGCGCUCUUUCCUACUCAGGGGAAACCGAGAGUUGUAGUAUACUAGUAGAGAAAUAUCUUCUAAAAUUGUGGCGACAAUGCAGAUCCUGAGUGAUGACCAUAUUCUCAUACAUACAUAGAAGUUUUUAUUAAUAGACAUGGAUGGAUACUCUGUGUUUUAUUAGUGUAUGUUAGACACAGAAACUGAAGGUAUAUCUAAAUUCUACUUAUGUACGUUUUCCAGUUGGACCUACAUUACCCCAUUUGAAAAUAAUAAUAUACAACUUUAGACUUAGCACUUUCAAUGAACUACACCACAUGAUUUUCCUACGUAGUUUGAAUCUCUUUGUGAGAACCCUUGGUUCAAACUGACCCUGAACGGGUCACAGUUGAACACAUUAUUUGUAUUUAGAGACAUUGCAGUUGUAACAACAUAUAUAAACAAUAUGGUUGUUUACCUUUUCUUUGUUGUCACAUACAAAUAUAUUUAACAGCAGAAGACAAGUAUUGGUUAGCUGAGGAGCCACCAUGGUUAGAAAAUGUAUAAGCACUUAUUUCAAGGAAGUUAAUAAUUGUUAGGCACGCAUUUUGUAGGAGAUGUCAUUUUAUGUUGGCAAGUUUUGUUGUACUACUAUGUUUUAGUUAAAAUGGUUAUAAUGGUUUAUAAUAUUAAGUUUGUGGCUGACCUUUCCCCAAGGUUGUUGUUUCUACAGAUAUGAAGGAUCAUUUACAGUGACCCUGGACACAAGUGCUAGAGUGCUAGGCGUGCGAAGUCAAUCAGGAAGCACUUGCAUCCAGGAACGUAUUGUGCUCUGCAACUCAUGGCAAAAUAAAAAAUGGCAGCACCAGAGCUCAGCACUGGUUGACACAAGCCAGCCAUGUAUUUUCCAUCUGCCUUAGGGCAUCCAGUAAUAUAGGGCUUGUUUGCAGCCUGUGCACUUGCAUGUCUUAUUGAAGCCUGUGUGCCUCCCUGCCCAUUGAUUGAGAAAUGAUCACUGGGUUGUGUUAAACUUAAUCCAUUAAUUUUUAACUUGUGCCUUUACAGUGCUACAAUAAACAGAUUGUCCAUAAUAUACCCCUUUAGUUAAAUAGGAACAUUUAGCAACAGGUUCAACAGCAGCUUUAUGGCUGGAGACUGGAUCUCCUUACUAUACAGUAAAAAUCAUACAUCAUUUUAAACAAAGUGACCUAACAGAAAUGACUUUCAUUUCCUUAAAUGUAUAAACAAAAGUCCAAGUAGAUCAUUGACAAAAAUCUAGAUUUUGUUCAUGUGAAGUGAAGGUUUUGUUGUCAUCCACUGUGUAUACACUGCUUUACUGAUCAUUUUCCCACCCUGAGAAAAUGAAAUGACAAAGCAGUUUACAAUAGUGAUGCAAAUCUGUCCCAUUUCACUGUGCCAAAAGGUGAUGCAUUCAAGUCAAUAGGCAUUUUUUUGCAGCAAAACCUGGCGAAAAAUUUAACACACCGCUAGUUUCAGUAGUGUUUAAUGUUAUUAUUAUCCAUAAGUUCAGUACUGAAACAGAAAAACAAAUACACAAAGCUUAAAUAUACAAAUGCAAUGUAGAUAUCCAUUUACUUCUACAGUGCCUUAUAGUGUAGGAAGCAAACAAGAAAGUAAAAAUAUAUAAAGUAAACUGCAGCAGUGAAAUCUUUGCUCAAAGAUCUACUGUACAUGGAGUAUAGGCCUUCUGCUUCAGUAAACUGCUAUUGUUCUAUUAUCACUUACCUAUAAACCAGUCUAUAACUCUAAUAAAUUACAUUUUACUAUGUUAUAAUAUUACGAAAUGAAGUCAAUAAACACUAAGGUAGUUUUUCAACCACUGACAUAUAAGAUUCUUUAAAGGAUUAUGCCCCCAGGAUUCCCUGCAGAUUUGUGUUUAGUUCAGGGGGAUACCUAUGCUGGCACAGGUCUUAAUACUCUGUACAUUCUAUUAGAAUACCUAGACAGUUGUUUCUAUGCUAUGGGGAGCUACCUUAAGGUUUUGAUUGUCUGGCCAUUCCUACACAGAGCCCCUUAAAGCUAGGCCAUGCCUCCUUUAGCAUAUUCUAACCAGAGAGUCUGUGGCAUGUUAGGCAAGGCUAAAACUGCAAGCUGAGCCAGGAACAUCUUCAGAGAAGCUGAAAGGCAGCAAAAGGGAAAGAAGUAUAUAUUCAACAUAUUCAACCACCCAAAAAAUAUAAUUCUAAGCAGCUUUCCAAUAUAAAGAUUAAAUAAAGAUAUGUACCAUUAUUUCAAAAGUCAACAGUGCAUUGAAUUUAAAUGGUCAGACCAAUAUUGCAUUAAAUUACCUUUAAAUAACUUUAAAACCAUUUAACAUUUUGAAUGCUUGUAUAUUGCAAAGUUGCUCAGAAGUAAAUCUUGCAAAUCUGUGCAAUAACAGUUUUUGGAUGGAGAAUCCCUUAAUGUUAUUCUUCUGUAAUGAACCAGUGGCUUUAAGGGUGUGUGUAAAACGGUUCCGUUGGUGUGGCAUAUAUGCUGAUAUGGGAUAUGGGAUAUGAUAUGGGAUUUUCCUAUUAUUGAGGCUGUGGUUUAAGUUGGCCACUUUAUUUAUCUGACUACCAUGGUUACAAAGAAACCUGAAUUAGGACUAGAUACAGUGGAGGAAUGCAAGAAGUUCCGGUAAAGGCGUGGAGCUGUCUUGAAAGUGAAACUGGACAAUGGAAAAUCUGCAAUCAAAUUUUAGCCUAUUAUUUUUUUUGGUUCCUUUGUUACCUUAGUGGUAAAAAGAUUAAGUUAGUUACAGUAUCUGAUAUGAAACCAAUAAAGCAGUUCCAAGCAGACUCUAACUUAUUUUUAGCUUAAUAAUAAUUGGGAAUUUUUAUGUCUAAUAAAUGACAGAAUUUGAAAUGUUUAGCUCAUUGUUUAAACCAAGUGGGUUGUUUUUUUUUGUUUUCUUUUUUUUUUUUAAAUUUAAUAUGUUUGGAUUUGAUUCUCCUUUUCUGAACCAGCAGUAGUUUCCAACUUGUUACAUUGUUGUUCUGUAAUUCAUGUAUGGGAUCUGUUAUCAGAAAUUCAAGGGACCUGGGCUUUUCAGUAAUGUGAAGCAUGAAGCCUUAAAGGUACUAACAUUUAGAAAUAAAUAUAAGCCAAUAUAAUUGUUUACCCAUAAACAUGGAUUUAUCAAGUUAAGGUAUUACAUGUACAGAUGUUUCAAAUAAAGGUGUUUAUGCAGUGUGCUGGGUUUCUAAAUACUGUACUAUCAAAGGACUGAUGAUUUGUCCUUUAUAUCCAAGCACUACCCAUGCAAUUCUAAGGACUAGCAGUACAUAACAAUCCAAAUUCCCAUGUACAUUUAAUAUUUUAUUGUAAGUGCAGAAAUGUCUUAUAUAUCUAUUGUUUCACUACAAUUUCACCCCAAACCUCCUAUUGCAUAACUGGCAACAGCCUUUGGCCACUGGUCUUGGUCUUUAUGUUACAAAAACUCUUGGGACUUUAUGCUUAGAGUGGGAAAUGUGUCCCAUCUAUACUCCUAAGAUGUAUUAUAUUGUGUCUCUUUUGUCAGCCUGUAUAUGGUAUCUGUUCAUGUUAUGGGAUUAUUCAUAAAACAGUAUUAUUUUACUAAAUACUAUUUUUGCUGCAUAGUAGCUUGUAAUUCAUUUCAGUUCUGGCAAUGUGGGGAUAUUCAAGGCACAGUUUUGAAAUGCAUUGCUAUGAAAGCUGAAUGAAACUUGUCUUUUAUUUUUUUAGAAUUUAUACCAGGUUUGUCAUCUCGAUUGUGAAUGUGUCAUUUGGGUCAAGAUUCAGGAUCAGGGCAAAAAGUCAAGCUGGUUUUGACUGACACCCCUUUGUACCUGAAAAUAUAAAAUACUUUUUAGUGAGACUGAAAGCUUUACACAACCAAUUAACUAUUGGUGAUGGAAAAGUGCUAUUUAUAAUCUGACAACUGAACCAGGUUUGUGAGUUGGUAUUUUUUUUAUUCUAUUGCCAGUAGGUUUAGCUACUUACUAUUUUAUAUUGGAAGACUGGUACUAUUCCUGACAUUUGUGCCCAAGAAAAAUGCUUUGUUAAUAAAUGUUUUUGUUCCAUU